UCUGAUGUUAUCUUCUUAGUUAGGUUGUUUCUGGCAAAAGAUUGAGUAGCAACAAAAUCUCACACAAGUAGUGUAAUGAAGACAUUUGGGACAAGGAUCUGUGGUUUAAUUAGGGUGCAAAAAAUAAAAGUGAAAGUAAAAUGAACGAAAUAUAAAAACGCUACAAGGAUCUGUGGUUUGACAAUACUUCUGUGUUUAUUAUGUUCAUAGAGGAAGAUGUAUGUGGAGUGGAGAAAAAUAAAAAAUAAAAAAUAAAAAAUAAAAUGUGAAAUGCUUGAGGUUGAAGCUAUUGGAUUGGAUAUAUUAAUUAAUUUAAGAUAAUACAUGUCCAACAUGAUCAGGUUUAAAAAAAUAAAAUCAGGUUUAGAUUCCCCUUGGAAAAAAGACAAGUUUUAUCAAAUGCUAAUAGGUUGCUUGGAUUUGUCACGUAAUCAAAGGAGAAACUAUAUAUUAGGCCUCCUCCCUGAGAAAACCUGCAAAAACAGAAACGAAAGCUCCCAAAUAGAAAUUUUCCCAGAGACCAAACAAAACUUUAGAAAAAACACACACACAAAAAUGGAGCACAAUGAGGUUGUUGGUUUUUCCAUAGGGGUGGUAUUGAUAUGGGUUGCAUGGUCAAUAAUAUUGUUGGUAACCCUUCUUCGACGACGUCGUUUGGAGGAGGUAGCAGGGCACCUCCCACCCGGGCCAAGAUGGUGGCCUAUGGUGGGCAACAUCUUCCAACUGGGUUUGGGCCCGCCCCACGAAUCAUUUGCCAUGCUGGCCCGAAACCACGGCCCAAUCAUGACACUUUGGCUAGGAUCCAUGAGCACCGUAGUGAUCUCGUCGAGCCAAGUGGCCCGUGAAAUGUUCAAAAACCACGAUGUGGUCCUAGCCGGUCGAAAAAUCUACGAGGCCAUGAAGGGUGAUUAUGGCAACGAAGGCUCGCUGAUCACGGCCCAAUAUGGGCCUCAUUGGCGCAUGUUAAGGCGCUUGUGCACGACUGAAUUCUUCGUGACAAGUCGCAUCGAUGCCAUGUGUCGUGUACGUGCCAAAUGUAUCGAUGGAAUGGUGCAGUUCAUAGAGGAUGCUGCGUCGGAAAUGAGUACCAAAACAGAUGGCAUUGAUUUGGGUAGGUUCAUUUUCUUGAUGGCUUUUAAUCUGAUUGGAAACCUCAUGUUUUCUAAGGACCUAUUGGACCCAAAAUCGGAGAGAGGGGCUAUGUUUUUUUACCAUGCAGGAAAGGUUAUGGAGUUGGCUGGGAAGCCAAAUAUGGCAGAUUUCUUUCCAAUUUUGCGUUGGCUUGACCCACAAGGCAUCAGGAGGAACACCCAAUUCCAUGUGGAAAAGGCCUUUGAAAUUGCAGGUGAGUUUAUAAGAGAAAGAAUGGAGAGCAUGGAGAAUGGUGGAAAUGAUGGCAUAGAGAGGACAAAAGAUUUCUUAGACGUACUAUUGGAAUACCGUGGUGAUGGUGUUGAUGAGCCCUCUAGGUUCUCUUCUUCAAGAACCGUCAAUGUCAUUGUUUUUGAGAUGUUCACUGCAGGAACUGACACAACCACGAGCACACUAGAGUGGGCAAUGGCAGAGCUUCUAAACAACCCAAAAACCCUGAAAAAAGUUCAAGCCGAGCUAAGAAGCACCAUAUCCUCCAGCGACAAGCUCCAAGAGAAAGACAUUGAAAACCUCCCAUACCUUAAAGCAGUCAUCAAAGAAACCCUCAGGCUCCACCCACCCCUUCCCUUCCUGGUCCCACACAUGGCCAUGGACUCUUGUAAAAUGCUAGGGCACCACAUUCCCAAAGGCACCCAAAUUCUGGUCAACGUCUGGGCCAUUGGACGUGACCCAAAGACGUGGGAGGACCCUCUGCUUUUCAAGCCUGAGAGGUUCUUGGAGCCCAACAUGGACGUUGAUUAUAAAGGGCAGCAUUUUGAGUUCAUCCCAUUUGGUUCUGGCCGUCGGAUGUGCCCUGCUGUGCCACUAGUCUCUAGGGUACUCCCUCUGGCUCUAGGGUCACUCUUGCACUCGUUUGAUUGGGUUUUACCAGAAGGGCUUGAGCCAGAGAAUAUGGAUAUGGCUGAGAGGAUGGGGAUCACACUUAGAAAAUCUGUACCUUUGAAGGUUAUACCUAUACCUUACCAAGGGCAUGUGGGAUGCUCAAUCUAAUGCAUUUUUAUUUAGGUAAGCCAAGCAAUGGGGUCAAUUUGUGAUAAGUUUGUUUGUUAAAUAUGUUAAUUAAUAGCUGAUUGUUGUAAUUGAUGUAAUAAAAGUACAGAAUGAUGUAUGUGGGGAUUAUAUAUAAUUAAUGUGAAUUGUGGAAGCUAUAAUUACUAUAUGUAUUAAUGAUAAACCAAUUUGUAUUUGUA